AUGGCGCAGCCAGCACACUCCACCCACGAGACGUAUAACAGUGAGGACGCGGAUGUCGUCAUUCGCAGCGCCGACGGCAUCAUCUUCCGCCUACACAAAACGAUACUCAAGCUCACAUCCCCCAUAUUCAAGGACACAUUCUCGAUCCCCUGUCCCAGCGCAGCCGAUGAUGGCGAGGAACGCAUAGACGACCUCCCUGUGGUGCCCAUCACCGAGAGCAGUGUAACAUUCCAAGCCCUCCUACGCUUCGUAUACCCUGGCGUCCGCCAGUUCGACUCACUCCCUACGGAAUAUCUGACUCCCCUGAUCAAGGCAGCGCGCAAGUACGAGAUGCUCGAUGUGGCAGAGCAUCUUGAAGGCAUCCUGACAGCGUCCAUCCGAUCGACACCACUACAUGCGUUUGCCAUCGCCUGCCAUCUUGAUCUCCCCGAGAUCGCUCGUGCCGCUGCUAGACAGUGUGUCCAUGGCAAGCUCUGGCCGCCAUCACCUAGUGUGCCCAAAGAGCUACAGCUCCUGCCUGCAUCCACGCUGUAUCGCCUUCUGUAUUACUACGAGCAGUGUUGUUACACAGCAGUCACCAUCGCUACCGACACCGCGGGCACGCUGAUUGCCAUUCCACCGCCGGAGGUCGGGACGGAGCUGUUCCUCGUGAGAAGCCGAGGAAAAGCAAGAGCGUUCGUCAGCCUCAGAGCACUCAGAGCACGACCCUGUGGUGGGCAGAAUAUAUGGAGCGGGCCGUGGACGUAUUAG